AACUUCAGGCGCCACCCAUACGAAGAACUGGGGAAAGCACAUCCCAUUUAUCCAUAGUUGUUGCAGCAUGUCCGGUGGGAUUUUAUACGCCCCUAGUAUAAGAUUUUUUUAAACAUUUGGGACGGGAUUUAUGUUUAUUUUAAUGCGAUAAUUUCAUUUAUUUAACACUUAACCGCUUCUGUUGGUGCUUGGAUCUUCAACAUACCUACAGCAGCAAUGUUCUGCAGAAACCAAACUUCCAGAGCAACUGUGGCCCGGGGAUCCGCGAUGGAGAUGGAGGUGAAGAGAGGCCGAUUCCGCCUGAGCAUGCUGGAGGAUUCCGCAGAAGACUGUGAGGUUCAGAGACAGAUCGAGAUGGAGGUGAGGAUCAGAGAAGGGGCCUGUAAGCUUUUAGCUGCAUGUUCUCAGAGAGAUCAGGCUCUGGAAGCUUCCAAGACUCUCCUUACAUCCAACAGCCGCAUACUGGCCCUCAUGACCCAGCUGCAGCGCAUGAAGGAAGCCCAGGCUAUGCAAAGAGCAGAACGGAGGUCAUCUGAUGGUGGGUCUGUUGAUCAGCGAUUACCUUGUUCUGGAAAAAUAGCCAUUUCAGAUAUUCGCAUUCCUCUCAUGUGGAAAGACUCAGAGUAUUUCAAAAACAAAGGAGAGCUGCACCAGUGUGCUGUGUUCUGUUUGCUGCAGGUGGGGACAGAGAUUCAUGAUACAGAUCUCGUAAUAGUGGACAGGACGCUCACAGACAUCUGUUUCGUUGAACCAGUGAUAUUCACUGACGUACCUCCAGGCUUUGACCUGCGGGUGGAGCUCUACAGCUGCUGUGUGGAGGAGGAAUUCAACACGGGCUUCUCCACUCGGAGGCUGAGCCGGCUGGGAAGUGCCUCCAGUAAGAAGUUCAUGGCAUCUUUAGAGACAGCAGCUUCCUGCAGUUCCCAAAGCAGUGGAACCAGAUCGGGAGAGAGUUCACCCAGAGGAGAAUCACCAGUUCUGCUGCCUGUACUGUCAGAACGGGGCCCUAAAUAUCACCUCCUGGCCCACACAUCUCUGACCCUGUGCCACGUACAGAACUCUUUCCGAACCCAUGACCUGACAAUAUCAGACACCGAGGAGUCUUCGUUCUGGUUGCCGCUCUAUGGUAACAUGUGCUGUCGGCUCGUGGCCCAACCUCUCUGUAUGACUCAAGUUGUUAUGUGUGGAAAACUCAGAAUUCGGUCAGAGACCAAUCCUGAAGACUGGAGAGAUGUCUACAGUGUCCUGAGUGGGUCAGAUUUAAAAUGUUACCAGCCGCAAGACGAUGCAGACUCUUUAGAGACACCGCUGUUCACGAUUCCCAUUAAUAAGGAGACCCGUGUGUGUGCCAGAGAGAGAGAUCCGGCUCUAAAUACUCACAGUAUCACCAUAAUAAACCAGUGUGGUGAUGAGACCACACACACGAUUCUCACGCACUCCUCUGAAGACACACAUAACUGGAUGGAAGCCUUCUGGCAGCAUUUCUAUGACAUGAGCCAGUGGAAACAGUGCUGUAAGGAGCUCAUGAAGAUUGAGGAACCAUCUCCAAAGAAAAUGGUGGUGGUGACAAAACAAGGUUCCCUGUAUCAUGAAAUGGUUACACCACCUUCCACCCAGACCAGAAACCAUCUGCUAUCCCCGAACAGACCUGUUUCUUCUGAGAUCCAAAGCCUGCUGUCCACUUAUUACGAUAACAGUUACUGAAGAAUCAAGGAAACUAAAGCAAGAAAAAAACUGUUUGUACCCAGCUCAACACACCCCAGAGUAUUACAGCACACAUAAAUCCUUGCAAGCUUUAGUGUGCAACACUUUUUUGAGAAAACCAAAUUUGUGAUCAUUUUAUUUUAUUUUUUUUCAUGUUUAUUUGCCAAAUCCAAAAUGCACACCCAAAUACCUUAUUGGCUUAAAACUGUUUGUCAUUAUCACAGAAAUAACCCUAAUACUUCUUUGUUUGAUUCUACAAGCCUGUACUGGCAGUGUAACUCGAUCAUGUGCUGGAUCAGGACUCCCAUUACAUUUGUUUCUGUAUUAAAAUCACUUUAAAAUUGACUUGAACAUUUUUACCUCAGAAUCAGAAAGAGCUUUGUUGCCAGAUAUGUUUACACAUACGAGGAAUCGGUUUAAUUUGAAGAAGCUUUAACAGCACAAACAGAUUACAGUGAAAGGACACAGAAAAUAAAAAUAGAAUAAUAGAAAAUAAUAAUAUACAACAAAUAUUUUAAAAAAGUACACAAUAUACAAAAAUAGUUUGUAGAUGUAAUUUAGUUUACAGGUAUGAUAUGUACAGAUGCAAUGAAAUGUGAAUAAGUAUGUGUGUUAAAUAGAUAAAUGUAUAAAUAGUGUUGUUAUUUCACAUUUAUUGCCAAGUAUGUUGUAAUUUAACCUGAGGGAAGAAACUGAUCUUAUGACUGGCUGUUCUGGUGCUCGGUGUUCUUAUAGCGCUGAUCAGACCGCAACACUUCAUAGAGGAAGAGGCCUGGAUGUGAGGGGUCCAGAAUGAUUUUGCCAGCCUUUUUACUGACUCUGGAUCAGUACAGGUCUUGGAGAGCGGAGAAGGUUGUACUAGCGAUUCGCUCAGCGGUACGGACUAUCUGCUGCAAUCUUCAAACUUCCAAACUUGCCACAAGCUAUGGAAAUCCUACCAGACAGGAGUUUGACAGUUUAACCCUUUCGUUUUGUUUUCGUUUGUUUUUCAUUCACAGUAAGUUGUUAUCAUAUCCCCCAAGGCUGUUCAAGAGAAUUGAGCAACCAAUAUUGUCAAAUAUUUGUAUGAUUUAAGAUGAAUUAUCAAAUUAAAAAGUUAUCUUUAAAAUUACCUUUAUUUAAGACAAAUCAAUCACAGUUCCAAAUUAUGAAUAUAACCAUCUCAAAACUUUACCUGGAUUUUAAUUUUCGAUCUGUCAAGAUCAAUGUCAAAUUGUCAGUGAUAGCUAGAAAGGUACACCCUACAGCUUCUUGACUUUGAAUUUGUAUUGCAUAAGAAAUGGAAUGCAUUGAUCAGAGAUUUUCACUGAUGCAGUUCCUUUCUGAGAACAAAGGUUUGAAUAGCAAGCUAAAGUUAUUGACUGAUUUGUCUUAUUGUAUGAUUGUAACCACUUUAGCAUAGACUAAGAAGUUAACGCUCUUUAUAUUAAUAAUUUGGCAAUCCUAUCAAACUUAGUCUUAUUUGUUUAUGUAAUAUGGGGGUGUUGUGAUUCAUUGAUUAAUAAUUUGGCUGGUAAUCAAAAGGUUAUAGGUUCAAAUCCUAGGUGAAGCUACCUGCCACCAUUGUGUCCAUGAACAAGAUGUCAGGUUGCUUCAUUGAGACGUUGUUCCUGGUCUUUUUGAGCAGACUGUAGUUGCAGUACGAAUCUGUUGUUUCCUUAUGACAAUUAUGUUUUAAUAGUGACAUGAUAAUAAAAUGAACAAUUGGAAA